ACCCUCAGCUUCAAGUUCCACUGUUGGGCACAAGCCUUACCGUGCUCUUCGAGGCACGGGGGUUGACCAAAAAACCGAAUUCCUAAUAAGGUUUGGCCCGACACGAGAUUCGACCCCUGGCCUCAUGAUUCUUUGACAUAAAAAAGAAAUCUGUUUAUUUUUCUAAAUUAUGAUUAUUCAUACGUCAACACUUAAAAGCGUUGCCAAAGCGAGAUGGUCGCGUCGUCGGCGGCUCCCCGGCGCCAAUUGAGAUGUACCCCUUCAUGGCCAGCAUGCAAGUCAGUUGGUCCGGCGGAGCUCACAAUCAUGGUUGCGGAGGAACCCUCAUUACAAGAACUGCAAUACUCUCUGCUGCUCAUUGUUUUUAUUUUUAUUAUGCGGAGAGACGAUGGAGUGCGCGCGUCGGGUGUCCCACAUUAUCGAGCGACGGCGGCACCCGCUUGGGGUGUCACGUACUAUCUUACACCACGACUAUGUACACAGGCUAGUGCAAAACGACGUGGCAAUCGUCAGACUGGCAUCACCUGCGCCACUUUCCAAUAAAAUUCAAUUGGCCCGCAUUGCAGGACCAAACUACGCCCUUCCCGAUAAUCUACGCGUAUACGUAGCGGGUUGGGGAUUAACACAAUAUGAAAACCUUGAUGUAUCGGAUGAGCUACAACAUACGUACGUUUUUAUAAUCAACCAUGACCUCUGCACUAAGCGUUACGCUGAACUCGGGCAGCAGCCUGAUAUCGAAAGCAUUAUACCAAAAGUAACACCGGAAAUGAUGUGCACUGGUAUCCUUGACGUCGGUGGCCAAGACGCUUGCUCUGGUGACUCCGGUGGCCCCGUCUUGCAUGGAGGCGACAUCAUCGUCGGUGUGACAUCUUGGGGCUACACGUGUGCGCAUCCUCUUUACCCAGGAGUCAGCGCACGUGUUCCAUCUUACACUCAAUGGAUCGUUGAAACGGCUGUGGCUUAGCCAAAUUACUUUACCGCUAU